AUGGCUUACCUUUCUUUCAUUGAUGAUGAUGAGGCUUGGAAAUUGAAUGACCAUUCCUGUAGCACUACUUACCUGAAAAAACUUGUGGUCGUGGAUGAUAAAGGUCGACAGCAUUUGAAGACCCUGCAAUUUUGCAAGUGUGAAGUUGAAGCUGUACGCUUGAUUAGGUUCAACCUGUGGCCAUCUUCAACCAAAUUUCCAAAGGUGACAUUUCACUUUGACUUCAUGCGCUGGUUAUGUGGUCUUCUUCUUGAAAGCUCGGUGUCAGUUAAAAGUUUCUGCUCUGCAUUAGACGCGAGGACAUCAAAGCACAUGAAGACAUAUAUUCAUCACCCUGUCAAAGAUUUGUACAAAGUGCUUGUAGGAGGAACAGCCGAUGAAUUUCGACAUUUUAUCUACCAAACGGAAAACAUCCACGAUGAUGGAUCCAAAUGUCCAGCUUGUUAUGAGUCGUCCGCUAAGAUCUACUGCUGUGAUGCAGAUUUCCAAUUAGUUCGUAAAGAAUCUUCUGGAAAAAAUUGGUCAGACCCUAAGCACAACAAUCGGCUAUUUGUAGAUCAAGACGCAGUAGAUUUAUUUAUUGAUGAAUAUUCUGCUGACAAAAAGAAACCAGAAAUGAAUUGCAGUGACUUUCAAGCUGGCAAUAACUUGCGAUCCAAAUAUAAAAACAAGAAGUUGUCAGAGACUGCUGUGUUUGGAUGUGCUUGUCGUCACGAGUGUCCAAAAAUGUUCUUCAGUUUGAAGCAUGGUGAAAGGCUUGGGUACUCAGUUUUCCUUUUAAACAAACUUUUGGAAGAAGAUGGCCAACAUGGGAAAUUAUACCUGAUGUAUGACAUUGCAUGCAGCUUACAUCAGCAUUUGAAGAAAAACAACCAGAAUGCUGUAUUAGAGAGAACCAGUUUUGCCAUACCAAUUUUCCAUGCUUAUGGCCACAAAGUGGACUGUCAGAUUCUAUACAGUCCUAGACGAAUAGAAGGCCUUGGAUUAACUGAUGGAGAAGGAAUGGAAAGGAUUUGGUCGUUUUUAGGAAAAUUUUCAAAGAUAACCAAAGAAAUGACUCCAGAAAACAGAAUCGACCUACUGACCGAUGCCCUGCUGCAUUAUGGUCAGAAAAUGAAAAAUAAGUUAGGAUUCUCCCUCCCUGAUAAGCUUGCUAGAGCAGAGGAUAUAGAAAAAAAAAGCAAGGAGGCUCUUCAAGAAAUUUUGGAACCUUUUGCAGGAGUAACAACUGAAUGUCUACAGGAAUGGAUAGAUUAUGAGCGGGUUGUGUGUAUCCGCAGCAAAUCAACUGAAAAUCACUCCUUGUCACCUGCUGAAGAGUAUUGUCUAGUCCUGGAGGAGCUAACAAAAUACAGGUACUUUUAAUAGGAAUAAUGCAUUUGUUACUACGUUAUUUUAUACAGAUUCUAAGUAAUGUUAUAAG